AUGAUCGUCCCUGUGCGUGCAUCACUCGUAACAAACGACGCCACCGCUUUUCGUCAAGCCGCUACCUCCCAAUUCAGCUUUGCCAAAGACACCAAAGUAUCGCCUCUCUUUCCUGUCAAAUCCAGCUUUGCACCCGACGAUCGCUUGUCAGAUUCGAUGCAUUCCUCGCAACACUUAUCGACUUCAGUACAACCGCCAUCCUCACGGCAGGCCACGCUCCCGUCCCAGAAUCACAUUCAGCUGCAUCUUUCGAGUUUGCAUCGGCAGUACGCACGACAGUAUGACGACGAGUCAGCGCUCUUCGGAGAGCGAGACGUCUCUAUGAUGACGCAAGAAUCGCAGCUCAACACCAAUCAUGCCGCAGACACAUUUCACUCGGCCAGUCACGUUCCCGAAAUCGCGCACCGCUACUCGCUUCCCUCCUCCUACCCUUCCAGCAUCGCCUCUUCGUGGAGCAGACCCGAACGUAGCGUGUGGUUCCAGCAGAAAGCCAUCAUCAUCACCUCGAUCUUCCUUGCCAUCUUUAUCGUUCUCUUUAUCGGCGCUGCCGUCUUUCUGCGCGAAAAAAAGUUUGACGAUGAGCUUGCUGGUCUCGAUGACGAAGAAGCGCUAGCACGCAUCGAAGAACGCAUGACCAUGGGCCGCUUUUCCGACCCCGUUGAAAAGGACGUCGACAGCUCCACCGGUGGCAAGCUCAAGCGUCACUUCCGCCGUGGCCGGAAGCGCUCCGAAAAAGAAGCCAGCAACCCCGACUCUUCACAGCCCUCGUCUGCCUCUUCCAGCGCUGUCAAACGCAAGCGCCACCUCGUCUCGCGCUGGACCAGAGGCAAUCUGCGUAACAGCGACGACACCAUGCGCGGCGGCGUCAGCGAUACCGUAUCCAUCCGCUCCCGCCGCUCUGCUCGUCGUGUCGCUUUGGGCGAUCCAAGCGAGAAUCGAGGCUCGGUCGAGAUUCGCUACGACACCGAUCCCGCAGAGCCUCCUCGUCGAAUCAGCGCUUCUGGCAUUCAUGACGAUGAGGCCAACCCGACGGCUGAUAUCCGCCCUCGCUCUCCGCCACCACCACAUCCGGACAACGCACAAAUCCAAGAAGCCGCAUCUCGCUCGGAAGGCGGAUCCUCCUCCAACGCCGACUCGCAUGGCAGCAAUGCACUGGGCGCUGAUGGCAGCCUUCGAUCGCCGAGACGCGUUCAGCUUGAUGACAGUGACUUUCAAGCAGCGGAUGCUGCCGAGACGCACCACGAAGAGAUGCAUUACAUGCCUCCAGCGUAUAUUCCCACUGGCUCCGGCGGAGUAUCUGCGUCAACCUACGAUGGCGCAUCCAUUGCCGCUGCCAUCGCUCGCGGCGAUGCCAAGCAUGGCAUUCCUUCCCCUGCAGAGCGUGAUCCCACCGUUUCGCCCGAAGUGAUUCGUGCUGCGCUAACGCGAGAACGUCGAGCAUCGCGCGACGAAAACACGCCAAGCGGUCCUGUUGGUCCCGUCGCGGCACAUCUGGCAACCGACGAUAAGGCGGUGCUUGGUGCAUUGUCUGCAGCGGCAAGUAUGCCAUCGGCCCCCGCUGUUGCCGAUGGGGAUGCCUCGGCGCCUGCAUAUGGCGCUCCUCAACUCUCUGCUGCUGCACGCUCAACCGACGCUGCAGGACCGUCAGCUCCCGAUUUGCAAGUGGAUGACGAUGGCUUCGAAGUUGCCCCCACAGAUUCGAUCGCAGCAGGAUCGUUGCCUCGCACCGUGUUAGAAGACGAGCAACAGCCAGGCAAAGGCAAGGCUAAGGAAGUGCAUACCUCGAGCAUGCUUCCUGCACCGCCAACCGCUAUCGAGCCGGCAUUUUCGCCUUUUGACGAGCCGUACCGCUCUACAGGACCGCCGGGUCCGACCUCACCUUUGUCGCCCCCGGGUCGCAGAUCCACUGACACUGUCACCGAACCCAUGUCGCCGUCGCCGCCUAACCGCAAAAGCGAGAAGCAGAAGGAGGCUGAGCAAGAACAAGAGCUUGCUCAGCUUGUGGCUUCGAGACCCAACGGAAUGGACGUGCCGACCUACAAGGUGAUGGGUGCUGCUGCGUCUGCGCCGCCACUAGCUGAAGCCCAAGAUGACCAGGGCACGCCGAACGUGGCGUCUAAAGCACGCGACGAGAGCUCAGCCGCCAUUAUCGCAGAGCACUUGCCUGCUUACGAGCGACGCCGGGAAUCCACCUCUGCUGCUGCAGAGAACACUCUGGCAGGCAGCGCACCUUUGGUAGCACAUGUCAGCUCGUCCGCGCCUUCUGCGCCACCAAUGCAUGAUGUAGGCGAAGAGUAA